GGGGUGGAGAGGAAGAAGGCGGUCGAGAGGCACGAUCCUGGCGUUCCAUCCGUAUAAGGUGGGCGGUCUGGAGGUCCUCAAUGGUGAAUUGGGAGGGGUCGAGAGAGGCAGUGUCGAAGUCGUCAUCGGAGGUGGGUUGAGUGGUGUCGUUAUGGAAAAAGAGGGGGCGGGGGGGAGCGGGCGCGGACUGGUGAUGGGGGUGGAGGAGUCGAUCAUGGUGAAGCACGCGAGAGAGGAGGUCAGCAAGGGGCAUGUCGGGUUCGUGGGCGAGGGCAGUGGCAAGAUCUUUGUGGCAUACUCGCUUGAUGCGGGAGAUGAACGCAAAGUCGGGAAUGACGGUGGUGGGGAGGUGAUGGCGGAGGGAGCGGAUGUAUUGGACGAAGCGGUCUGUGGGACCGGUUUGGCGGAGGUGGCAAAAUUGUUCGAGGUAGUCGUCAAUGGUUUUCGGGGGGGGGAAGGUGGCAGCGAGAAUUUUGGCCCAUUGGAGGAAGGAGUGACGUGGUCCUCCAGAGGCUCGACGGUUGCUGACUUCAGCCAUCCACCAUUUGGCGGCAUUGCCGAGGAGGCGGGAGGUGGCAAUGGGGAGCCAGUGGGCAAGGGGCAUGUGGUGGAGGUGAAAAGAGUUCUGGAGCUGGGUUAGGAAGAGGAAAACGUCCUCGUGGGGGAGGCCGGAGAAGGACAUGAUUUCGCCAGAUCGGAAGGAACGGGGGAUUUCCCCGUCGCGGUGAACGAUCU